UGUGUGGAGAUAUGUGAUCAAACCCACGAAACACGAAAACAACAAUCGACUGGCUCGUGCAGCGUGUGCGUGCCCAUGCGCUGGGCCAAUAAUCCCACUUGCUGCAUUGCUUCUUGCCAAAUGAACUGUUUGUUUUCUGCUGCUACUGCCACUUUCUCAAGAUGAAGCCCUACCUCUCUGCUACCAUCCUCUCAUCUUGCUUCGUCUCCUACCAUCUCAUGCUGUCUUACUGUUGCAGCGCCAUGUGUCUAAGAGCUGGAAAACUAGACACUGACCAGCCACGGGGUCCCCCGUGGCAGUAUGUAUGCGUUCCUUGCUACACAAAAUGGCGCUCGGCAAGCCAUAGCACGCCGACUCAGAAGAUCUUGACUUCAUUCUUGUUCCACUUAUACCGACUCGAACGCUCGGAGGCGUGUGUCUAGCUGAACUGUCGUCACAAUUGGGCCAGAUGCCCACCACCAUCGCCUGUCGGGCACUUCACCGGU